AUGACGUUUUCAGUAGAUCUCCGCUGGCGAGCUAUUGUCUUAGUUUACGUGUACAAUAUCGAUAGAAGUACGGUAAGUAGUGUUCUUGGUGUAUCUGCACGAAGCCAAGAGCGUUGGUACACCCAAUUCCGAAAAACUGGUAACGUCUCCAGCGAGCGAAAGAAAAAAAAUAAAACCUCGAGAUGGCCGCCAGACGUGUGCAACUUCGUCAAGAAAUACGUGACGGCUAAUCCGUGCUUCUACUUCGAAGAGCUCCGUGAGGAACAACGCGCCAACUUCAGUGAUCUUCUCAACAUUUCGGACUCGUCAAUUUGCCGUGCACUUCGCUUCGACCUCGGCCUGACCCGUAAAGUACUGACAAAGCGUGCUAGUGAAAGCAUUCCCCGUGAGAGACGAGAGUAUGUUCAGCGCCUACUGCCCUACUAUUGUGGACCGGACCAACGCGUUUCGUUGACGAAACGUCGAAGGACGCUAGGUAUGCAAGCAAUGACUAUUAAUCAAUUUGAUUCAAGGUUAUUUUACUAA